AUGACCAAGACAUACAAGAAGAUGAUCGUUGGGCACAUCACCGAUGAUGUGUUCAGGAGCUAUGUCCUUGUUCACGGAGAAGAGGCGAUGGGCGCCCUGAAGAAGCGGCUGACCAUGGAGGGAAUCCGCGAGCCAGUGCUCAAUGUGCACACAGCCAUGGCAAUCCCGCCGCACGACAGGAUGGAGUGGACCGAGAAGGGGCAGUUUGUCAAAGCAAGCCCUGCUGAGAGGCACUUUUCUGAUGUGGCCAUUAAUCCAGCUGGCAAAGGGGCCAACUGGUACGGCCGUUGCUUGCUGCUGUUCCAUUACGAGAAAAAUGGGGUGGCAAAAAAGGCUGCCUACAUCGAGUACUACACGGAGGAUCGGCGUGUCUGCCGCUACACAGGUUGCAAGCGAUUGCUGCCCACGAAAGGCACCUACAACUAUGCAGUUGUGGAUGCAGAUUGCAUUCUUAGCAUGGUGCAUGUUGUCCCGUGCUGCAAAGACCCUGAUGUGAAGUUGCUCAAUAGGUUCAGUUGUCCCAUACCACAUCUCUGCCUGCAUCCUAAUCCUCACUACUCGUCCGCGUUCUCCUCCAGCCCACCAUCCUCCUCCUCCUCCUCCUCCUCCGCCUCCUCCUCCUCCUCCUCCUCCUCCUCCUCCUCCUCUCCCUCUCCUCCUCCUCCUCCUCCUCCUCCUCCUCCUCCUCCUCCUCCUCCUCCUCAGGGAGGUCCCCAGCAUCCUCGGCAUCAACCACCUUUGCCGCCUCCUCGUCAUCUGCGGCGGUUGCAUACAGAGGGUUCACCCACUCCUCCACUUCUGGGAGGACACGGAUUAGAACAAGCAGGCUAG